AGGGCGGGCGCGCGGGUGGUAGAGGCGGCCGGGGUGCACAGGCGGGCGGGCCAAGCCGACGGCGGACAUGGAGCUCUGGCGACAGUGCACCCACUGGCUCAUCCAGUGCCGCGUGCUGCCGCCCAGCCACCGCGUCACCUGGGAGGGGGCUCAGGUGUGCGAGCUGGCGCAGGCCCUCCGCGAUGGCGUCCUCCUGUGUCAGCUGCUCAACAACCUCCUGCCUCACGCCAUCAACCUGCGAGAGGUCAACCUGCGUCCACAGAUGUCCCAGUUUCUGUGCCUCAAGAACAUCCGAACCUUCCUGUCCACUUGCUGUGAGAAGUUUGGCCUCAAGCGCAGCGAGCUCUUCGAGGCCUUCGACCUCUUCGAUGUGCAGGAUUUUGGAAAGGUCAUCUACACGCUGUCCGCUCUGUCCUGGACCCCGAUCGCCCAGAACAAGGGCAUCAUGCCCUUCCCCACGGAGGAGGACGGCGUGGGUGACGAGGACAUCUACAGUGGCCUGUCAGACCAGAUCGACGACACCGUGGAGGAGGACGAGGACCUGUACGACUGUGUGGAGAACGAGGAGGCGGAGGGCGAUGAGAUCUACGAGGACCUCAUGCGCGCAGAGCCGGGGCCCACGCCGCCCAAGAUGACAGAGUAUGACAAGCGGUGCUGCUGCCUGCGCGAAAUCCAGCAGACAGAAGACAAAUACACCGACACGCUGGGCUCCAUCCAGCAGCACUUUAUGAAGCCCCUACAACGGUUUCUGAAGCCCCAAGACAUGGAGAUCAUCUUCAUCAACAUCGAGGACCUGCUCCGCGUUCACACCCACUUCCUGAAGGAAAUGAAGGAGGCGCUGGCAACCACGGGGGCAUCCACGCUGUACCAGGUCUUCAUUAAAUACAAGGAGAGAUUCCUCAUCUACGGCCGCUACUGCAGCCAGGUGGAGGCAGCCAGCAAACACCUGGACCAGGUGGCCACUGCCCGCGAGGAUGUCCAGAUGAAGCUGGAGGAGUGUUCUCAGCGAGCCAACAACGGCAGGUUCACCUUGCGGGAUCUGCUGAUGGUCCCCAUGCAGAGAGUGCUCAAAUAUCACCUUCUCCUCCAGGAGCUGGUGAAGCACACGCAGGACGCGAUGGAGAAGGAGAACCUGCGGCUGGCCCUUGACGCCAUGAGGGACCUGGCGCAGUGUGUGAACGAGGUCAAGAGGGACAACGAGACACUGCGGCAGAUCACCAACUUCCAGCUCUCCAUUGAGAACCUGGACCGAUCGCUGGCCAACUACGGCCGGCCCAAGAUUGACGGGGAGCUCAAGAUCACCUCGGUAGAAAGGCGGUCCAAGAUGGACAGGUACGCUUUCCUGCUGGACAAGGCGCUGCUCAUCUGUAAGCGCCGGGGCGACUCCUACGACCUCAAGGACUUUGUGAACCUGCACAACUUCCAGGUUCGCGAUGACUCCUCCGGAGAGCGAGAAAACAAGAAGUGGAGCCACAUGUUUCUCCUGAUUGAGGACCAGGGUGCCCAGGGCUACGAGCUGUUCUUCAAGACGCGCGAGCUGAAGAAGAAGUGGAUGGAGCAGUUUGAGAUGGCCAUCUCCAACAUCUACCCAGAGAACGCCACAGCCAAUGGGCACGACUUCCAGAUGUUUUCCUUCGAGGAGACCACAUCCUGCAAGGCUUGCCAGAUGCUUCUCAGAGGGACCUUCUACCAGGGCUAUCGCUGUCACCGGUGCCGGGCUCCUGCGCACAAGGAGUGUCUGGGGAGGGUCCCUGCGUGCGGCCGACAUGGGCAAGAUUUAGCGGGGACCAUGAAGAAGGACAAGCCGCACCGCAGGGCUCAGGAGAAAAAGCGCAACGAGAUGGGUCUGCCUAAGAUGGAGGUGUUUCAGGAGUACUAUGGGCUUCCUCCACCGCCUGGAGCCUUUGGACCUUUCCUGCGGCUCAGCCCUGGGGACAUUGUGGAGCUCACCAAGGCCGAAGCUGAGCAGAACUGGUGGGAGGGUAGAAACACGUGCACCAAUGAAGUUGGCUGGUUCCCCUGUAACCGGGUGAAGCCCUAUGUCCAUGGACCUCCUCAGGACCUGUCUGUUCAUUUGUGGUACGCCGGCCCCAUGGAGCGCGCGGGAGCGGAGAGCAUCCUCACCAACCGCUCGGACGGGACGUUCUUGGUGCGCCAGCGGGUGAAGGACGCGGCAGAAUUCGCCAUCAGCAUUAAGUAUAAUGUCGAGGUCAAGCAUAUCAAAAUCACGACGUCAGAAGGACUGUACCGGAUCACAGAGAAGAAGGCUUUCCGGGGGCUUUUGGAGCUGGUGGAAUUUUACCAGCAGAACUCCCUGAAGGAUUGCUUCAAGUCCCUGGACACCACCUUGCAGUUCCCCUACAAGGAGCCCGAGCGGAGAGCCAUCAGCAAGCCUCCAGCGGGGAGCACCAAGCAUUUUGGCACAGCCAAAGCCCGCUACGACUUCUGCGCCAGGGACCGAUCAGAACUGUCCCUGAAGGAGGGUGACAUCAUCAGGAUCCUCAGCAAAAAGGGGCAACAAGGCUGGUGGCGAGGGGAGAUCUACGGCCGGAUUGGCUGGUUCCCUUCAAACUACGUGGAAGAAGAUUAUUCUGAAUACUGUUGAACCCUGGUGCACUAGCAGAGAGAUGAUAAAACUGCAGGCUCUGAGCCUAAGAUGAGCAGGCAGAGACUCUGACAGGUCCCGGCAGGCAAAGUCUGGACAGACUGGAGGGCCGGCAUCCAGCUGGCAGGGCUCCCGGACAAUUCCCUGCCAUGGUUAAUUUAUAACACACCAAUUGCCUCUUGAGUCCUCCCAAAAAGGCCGGGCUCAAGGCGACUGCUUUUAAUAAAAUGAUGAAUGCGGGACUGGUGCGUUCAGGGCCCAGGCAGGG